UGUGUGAGUGUGUGUGUGUGUGUGUGUGUGUGUGUGUGUGUGAGCAUGCGUGUUGCGAAGCGGUGAACAUGUGCACGAAAGUUUAAAAACACCAUUGAGGCUGUGGCUCCACAAGAGAGAGAGGCUGCAGUGUGCAGCUCCGGGUCCCGCUGCAGGUGUUGCGACUCGCUGCAGGUGUUGCGUCUCGCUGCAGGUGUCCCCCCCCCCAGUCUCCGUCUGACCCACAGCUGCCAAGGUCACCCCAAGUUGAAAGAACACUUCCCUCUUUCUUCCCUCUCCCUGAUAAUGUCAGACCAUUUUGCCAAGAUGACGCUGGCCACCCCCCCGUCCUCCCGCGGCCCCUCCCACCAGAAGGUGUGCCACUCCCAGACUCAGACGGACGUGCUGAAGCCGCUGCUGGGCGGGGCGGGGUCCGGGGUCCACUCGGUGGCCCAGCGGCGGCGCCGACGCAUCCUCUCCAAGGACGGGCGCAGCAACGUGCGCAUGGAGCACGUGAGCGGGCGGGGCGCUCUCUACCUCAAGGACCCCUGGACCACCUUCGUGGACAUGCAGUGGCGCUACAAGCUCAUCCUCUUCCUCGCCACCUUCGUCGGCACCUGGUUCAUCUUCGGCCUGCUCUGGUACCUGCUGGCCUUCCUGCAUGGAGACCUGCUAGAGUUUGAGCCUGCAGCCAACCACUCGGUGUGUGUGAUGCAGAUGCAGACUCUGACCGGAGCGUUCCUCUUCUCCUUGGAGACACAGACCACCAUCGGGUACGGGUACCGCUGCAUCACCGAGGAGUGUCCGUCCGCCAUCAUCCUCCUCAUCCUCCAGCUGCUCAUCACCACCGUCAUGGAGAUCUUCAUCACUGGAACCUUCCUGGCCAAGGUGGCUCGACCGAAGAAGCGCGGUGAGACGAUUCGGUUUAGCCAGCACGCCGUGAUCUCCAGUCACGACGGGCGGCCGUGUCUCAUGAUCCGCGUGGCCAACAUGCGCAAGAGCCUGCUGCUGGGCUGCCAGGUGACGGGUAAGCUGCUGCAGCCGUGUGUGUCUAAGGAAGGGGAGACAGUGCGUCUGGAGCAGAGGAACGUGGCCUUCAGCGUGGACACGGCCAGCGAGAGCCCCUUCCUCAUCCUCCCCCUCACCUUCUACCACAUCAUCAACAGCAGCAGUCCACUACGGGCCUGGGCCGCCAAGGGUGGGGGCUGGUCAGACCCUGGGUUGGCUGACUUUGAGCUGCUGGUGAUGAUGAGCGCCACGGUGGAGCCCACCUCGGCCACCUGUCAGGUGCGCACCUCAUACCUGCCCGACGAGAUCCUCUGGGGCUACGAGUUCCCGCCCGUCGUCUCGCUCUCCCCCUCAGGGAAGUACGUCGCCGACCUUGCAUACUUCGACAAGGUCAACAAGACCAAGACCCCACCCCUCUUCAAGCAGACGCCGCCAACACCUAAUUGCCAUGGUUACUCCAGUGGCGGGGAGGGCGGGACAGAGGGGAUGGACCCCGAGAAGAUCCGAUUGGAGCAGAGCUACCGGGAGGAGGAGGGGGCGGGGGCUGAGCGAGCAGGGAGGGCGAGAGAGACCAGCCCACUCAGUGUCCGCAUCAGCAACGUCUGAACACACACACACACACACACACACACUCACACACACACACACACACACACACACACACAC